AUGACUGGAUCUCUGUUUGCGUCCAUAGGGACCGUCGACAACCUCGAUGCUCCGACGCCGUUUUUCAACCAUCCGGCGGCCAUGUAUGGGGUCGCUAUUGGAUGUUUGGCACUCAUGACAAUCUGUACGGGCCUUCGGUUAUAUGUCAGAUUCUUCGUGACAUGCUGUCCUGGUAUUGAUGACGCUUUCAUCAUCAUGCUUUUUCUAUCAACAUGGGUGGCGACGGUUGGCUCGCUUGUUUUGGUGAAUGCCGGACUGGGCAAACAUCUCGUGCUUCUCGGCGACGAUGGUAUCGUAAGAUUUAGCCAGGUGUUCUGGUGGGCAAAUGGCACAUACAACAUGGCUCUCACAUUCGUCAAACUGUCUCUGCUUACACAAUACCUCCGGCUGUUCCAAGAGCACGCUCAUCUGGCGCUGAUGGACAGACGUAGGCAUCUCACCAUCGGACUCAUCAUAGCGGCCGCGCUCUGGGGACUUACCUACAGUUUCCUGGCCUGGGUGCCAUGCAUUCCCAUCUCGGGCCUCUGGAACUCAACCGAGACUGCCGUGCGGUAUGCAUAUGGGUCACAAGACAUCGAUGUGUUUGUGGGAACGUACAUCUCGCAUGCAACUCUGAACAUGACUCUGGACAUUGCUGUGCUCUCUAUUCCCUUGUCCACAUGGGGAAUGGGGAAGGAGGAAGGAGUGGACAAGAAAUCGCGCGUGGCACUUAUCGGGCUCUAUGUGGUGGGAGCAGUAGUCCUGGCAUGCUCCAUCGUCCGUUUUGGCGUCGUUGUCAACAACAGAGCCUCCACGAAACCCGAGUUCGACCCGAGCUUUUACGGAGCCACAUCGAUCGGCCUAUCCAUCAUCGAAAUCAACGUCGCGACGAUCGUGGCGGCCCUGCCGGUCUUCUGGCCGCACCUGCGGGAGAACCUCGACAAGAUUCUCAUCACACGGGAGGUGGAAAUCAGGGUGACCAGCGGCUCGGGCUUUGACCAGCUCUACAACGACAACGGAACCUCGAAGCGCAAGUCCCAGUGGCCGACGAAUUUCACCAAGACCCCCUCGGCCACGACAGAAGUGGUUGCGUUGGGGACUCUCAAGUCGAACAAAAGCGGUGGUCAGGGUACAGACAAUGAUCAGGGCGAUUUCAACAUCAGUGGAUCAAAAGGCGGAGCAACCAACAGCAAGUCUCAUACUAGGCUCAAGAGCUCUCUCAGCGUGUCCAGUAUGAGCAAGGAAAUUCUCAUACAGAAGCAUUGA